AUGGGGGAGCCUACAACUUUUAAUGAAAUGUUCCAACUCCUAUCAGCGGAAAAUAAGAAACAGACCGAACAACUAACAGCAAGAAUCAAGCAAAGUGAAGCUAACGUUACUAGUCAACUUAAGAAGAAUUACAUUAAAAUUGAAAAAUUGGAACAAAGAAACGUCUUGUUGGAAAGAAAGAUAAGGAGAAAUAACGUAUUGUUUUUUGGACUCACAGUCGAUAAUCCAACAGAAUUAGUGAAACUUACAAUUUCAAAAAUAAACGAACUUUUUUCAGUUAACAUACAAGAAAGCAAUAUCAAUAAUAUAUUCAAGGUUGGCAAAUCAGACUCUGCGCCAAUUCUAAUCGAAUUUCUCUCGUACUUGAAAAAAGCGGAGCUCUUUAAGAACCCCGAAAAGCUUAGAGCACUAAAGAAUACGCCGUAUGCAAUUUCCAACGAUCUUUGUGAGGAGGAUAGAAGGGAACUUAAGGUAUUAAGAGAGCACCUAAAAAAAGCGUUGAACGAAAACAAACAAGCAAAAAUAAAAGGACUCAAAUUGGAAAUUGAUAGUAAACUUUAUACGGCUAAAGAAUUAGAAGACCUUUCAGAUCCGGAUGUGUCCUUAAGCAGUAGCUCAGAUCUUGAGGAAUCGAGCGAAGAAGAAAGUGAAGAAGAAGAGAAGGAAAAAGUGAAAUCAAAGUCAGAACCCAGUAUCGCGCAAACCAAGAAAAGCAAAAAGAGAAAACAACAGAAAACCCCUAGCCCAGAAGGAAUUAAAACAAGAUCUAAUAAAAAGAAGAAAACUGCAAGAAGAUUCUGA